AUGCUUCGACUUACCAAUGUCGAUUUUAAACCAAUACGACUUUCACCUGUUUAUGGAUAUCGAACUCAUCCACUUCUUCAACUUCGAGAAGCUCUCGAUCCUCUUAUCACCAAAAUAAACCAAUUAGAUGAAUUUAUUAAAAUUGCAAAAUCGGAAUGCCAUUUUCCUUCAGAACAUAAUCUAACUCGGGAUGAAUCCGCAGCAAUCUACCUAUAUACAAUGGAGUGGGGUGAACAAAGUCUCUAUCGCGUAAUGAAUGCUGCACUGAGAAAAGAAGAUCGAUCAGUAUUAGUACCAUGGUAUGGUUAUCUUAAAUUAUUUGAUACGGCUUUGAAUAAACUACCUAGUGUUCCACAAAACUUAUGGCGUGGUGUCAAGGGUGAUAUUAGCAAGAACUACAAGAAAGAUGAUGAGUUUACUUGGUGGUGCUUUACUUCAUGUUCGCCUGCAGUUAAUGUUGUUAAAAAUUUUCUUGGCUCACCAUCAACAUUAUUCAUGAUUGAAGCAAAGAAUGGAAAAUCAAUAUCAAAAUAUAGUAGUUUUUCAAAUGAAGACGAAGUUAUUCUCCCAUUGGGCACUCGAAUUCGUGUUGUUUAUGAUGUACUUGAUCAUCAAUCAUUAAAUGUAGUACAUUUGCGAGAACUGACCGACGAAAAUGAUCAGCCCUUGACAACAUCUUUAAGCAAUUUGACGAUCAAAUCAUCGAUGAAUGUUGACGUUGAUGGCAGACAAAUAUUGAAAAGUAAUAAUUCUUCAACAGUUCAAACUUGGACUUGUAAAAAUGGAGACAGAUAUGAAGGAGAAUGUCAGAACGAACAAAAGCAUGGUCGAGGUACAUAUUACUAUGCUAGUGGAGAGAAGUACACAGGAGACUGGAUAGAUGACCAGAAAACAGGUGAAGGCAUUUUCACAUGGACAAGUGGCGAUCGAUACGAGGGACAAUUUAAGAAUGGAAAUUUCAACGGAAAAGGUACAUUUUACUAUGCCAAUGGAAACAUUUAUACAGGCGACUGGAUUAAUGACAAGAAAGAAGGAGAAGGUGUUUUUAAGUGGCCGAAUGGUGCUAGAUACGAGGGACAAUUUAAGAAUGGCAGUUUCCAUGGAAAAGGCACAUAUUACUAUGCCAAUGGAAACAAAUAUGAAGGUGAUUGGAUUGAUGACAAGAAAACAGGUCAAGGUAUUUUUACAUUGGCCAAUGGCGAACGAUACGAGGGACAAUUUAGAGAUGGGAAUUUUAACGGAAAAGGCACCUACUUUUAUGCUAAUGGAAAUUGCUAUGUGGGUGAUUGGGUCGAUGACAAAAAGGAAGGUGGAGGUAUUUUUACAUGGGCUAAUGGAAAUCGAUAUAAGGGACAUUUUAAGAACGACAAUAAGCACGGAAAAGGCAAACUUUAUUAUGCUGAUGGUAAUGUUCAAAGAGGAAGAUGGAAUAAUGAUUUCUUCAAAGAAUAA